ACGUGUCAAGAUGAAAAGAGCACAGAAACUGCUUGGCGCAGACGGAACAAACUCAUGUUGGGGUAUUUCCACUGGUGUCAGACAAUCUUCCAGUACCUCAUCCAAGGGCCAUUGCGUCAGCUUCAAUAUGUCAGCACUCUUGCCUCGGGAUCAGAAGAUUGUGGGUUCAAGACGCAUGUCAGACUUUGAGUACCGGGAGAGUGCUGCAUUUUCAGAGGUAUCGUCCGUCAGAGAAAUAUUCCUGCUGGUAACCAUCUGGCUCCCACUGCACCAUUCGACACCUCAAAAACUGUUUAUUGGAAUCUCAACAGACUCAAAACACUUUCCACACUGUUGCAGCAUCACAUCCACAAAUGCUACAAUCUGAGAGACCUCCGCACCCUCUGACGUGUUAUGAGAUAGUCCAUAUGGGCCACACUGAGUUCUAUUUGUGGUCUGGAUUGAUCUUUAUCGCGUGUGGAAAACAAAAUGCUGCAUCAUCCGUUUGCUUCUUUGGAGAGUUUGUUGUCUGAAAAGGGACAUUGCCACUUGCUCAAAUGCUUACACGCUGGAAAUACCCGAGACUCAAACUGGGCUACAGUUCCUUGUGUUCCGGCAUCCAACCAGUUCGGUGGUCAAGCCUGAGCCUAUACUCUUCCUAGGUCCGUACUUCCCAGCACGGUUCUUCCAUGCUUGCUGGGAGACAGAAAUUCGAGACAUAUGGCAUGACUUGCCAUAAUGCAAUUUAAGUGCCUAAAUCCCCACCACUAUGGAGAUUAUUCCGCACCAUGUAUUCUACAGAGCAAAUUUAUUGAUGUGGGCCAGACACCCUUAGUUUUGUGGAUAUUGUCCCUUGUGGUGCUCAGAAAUAACUGUCGUGCAAUAUCACGUACGAACAGGAUUGCACUGAAUGUACAAAUAAAUGAAACAGUUAAAUUGCAUUCUCCCAAGUCAAAAACAUACAGAAAGAAAUUCGCAAAGGGUUUUGAACAGUUCAGAAUAGUACUGUACUAGUCCGGUGUUUUGGGAUGUCCACACGUGAAAGGCGCUAUACAAAUGUAAUUUGUUGUUUGUUGUUGUACUUAGCCCACACAAACACAUUUACCACCUGGAUUGCAGAGUGAAAUGACCUGUUAUUUUGGGCAGUGAGUCAGCACUGAGGCUCCAUCACAAUAUGGGAGUGCAGUGCAUCAGUGUGGGUGUGGGUGGUGAGAAAAGGAUUGGGUUUAUCUGAAACACAAAGUUGACGACUGCCUUCACUGUGCACAUUGGUACCAGUUAUAAUCCUGGUCAGCUCAGUUAGAGGCACUGGCUUUGGAAUGAGGCGGGUCCAUUCAGUCCUUCGCUGUUUCAAAGCUGAUAAAAUGACUACCAUGUCUCUUAUUUCUGUAAAUUUCUCUCUGGGGACUUACAAAUAAUUAUAAUGCAAUAUUAAUAUACUGU